AAUUCAACUUUACUGAUCCCAAAGGGAAAUUAAAUGUUGUUGUGAGUCAUAUAGAUUUGGUUAAUGAUAACAUUACCCAAACCACAAAUUUCAGUAAUUACAUUCAAACUAAUCAAACUCAAUUUCUCAGAAAAUAAUCCUAAAUAAUAACUAAUUAAAAUGGAUUUUAAACACAGAAAUAGUCUAAUUAUGGUAAGGCUGAACAAUAUUACAAUAUCAUGAAAUAAGUGUCUUAUAUCUGUAUCAAUAAUGUUUUUGUUAGUUUUUCUGUUUUCAAUAUUUGGAAUACAUUCUUGUUUUAUCCAUAGUUUUCACAUCACAAUGCUUUUUAAUUUCUUUUCUUUAUUUCUAAGCAAUUAUGAGGAAUGGAGGUGAAACCAGAAACUGCUGCUGCGCAAGUGACUCAACAGGCUGUUGCUAGGUAACCAAAGAGCGAGAACAUUAUUUGAUUCCACCAACCUUGCUUAGCUAGAGAGAGGUUGAGUUGGCAUCAGCUGGGUCAACAGGCCCGUUUCCCCUUUUUCUGUUUUUGGACACAAUGUUUCCUUUUGACCUGUGGUCCUCGCACCCUGCUGUGCCAGUCCAUUGUCUCCCCAGUGUGGAUUUCAGCCUUGGUGACAUAUUACCAGCCGAACUGUCUCCAAUAGCCAUCAGCUAAGCCGAGCAGCGUUCAGCCGUAAAGUUUGUUUUUAUUCAAACUUCAGCAGUUUUCUAGUUGUUCUGCUGAGGCAGUGACAUCAAUGUGUGACAUCACGCAAAUUGAUGUCACAAAGAGCGAUGCACACUUUGUGGAGCUAGAGGGCAUCACAGAGCUGCACGCUUGAAUUCUACGGUCAUAACCAUUGAAGAAGAGAGACAGAGAGCACGUAGUAGUAUCCUAACAAGAGAUUGAAAAUGAAAGCUUUUCGAGAUAAAGAGGCAAAUUCUAACACACAAGUAAAGAAAAUCAUUGAGAAGUUUUUGGAUUUGUCCAGAGAAACGGGAUCAACAAUGAGUUGCAGCAGUAAGACAUCAUCUUGUGAUUCUGGGAAGGAAAAAGUACAACAGACAUUAACUAAAGAGACACAGAAGCCCCAUGGAAUAUUGAACGAAGUUGGCAUGAUGUCCAUUGUAAAACAGUCUCUGAUUGAAAGAAAUGAGGAGCUGAAGAUGCAAGUUCUGAACAUAGAACAAGCUACAUUUGAAAAAGACAAGCUUCAAGACAAAGACGAGGAAUUAAACAAACUGUUGCACGUAAACAAAACGUUAAAGGAGAACAACACCACCCUGGAGCAGAAUACCACUGCCUUGGAGAACAAAAGCACCUCCCUGAAGCAGAGAAUCAAUGCCCUGGAGAAGGAAAAAAACACCCUGCAGCAGGAAAAAACUGCCCUAGGGCAGAAAAGCACCGCUCUGGAACAGAGAAUCAACACCCUGGAGAAAGAAAAAAGUACCCUGGAGAAGGAAAAAACUGCUCUAGGGAAUAAAAACACGACUCUGGAACAUAUAAACCAUGCCCUGGAAAGGGAAAGAAAUACCCUGGAGAUGGAAAACACCAUUUUCAACGAGAUAAACACCGUCUUGGAGCAGAAAAGAGCCUCCUUGGAGGAGAAAAGCAACUUCUUGGAACAGAUAAACACUGCCCUGACGCUGAGAAGCACCUCUCUGGAGCAGAAAUGUUCUAUCUUGGAGAAUAUCAACACCACCUUGGAGGAGCAAAACGAGAUCCUGGAGCAGAAAAAUACUGACUUGAAGAAUAUGAACAUCGACCUGCAGCUUAAACUGGAGCAGCUGAACCAGAAGCCAACUGAACAGAAAAUCAGCGAAAACAUCAAAUCAGUUUCAGAUCAGCUACAGAAGCAGCCUAUAUUCAGACGUGUCAUCACUGGCGUCUCCAAUACCUUCCUGAAAAUGUACCAAACAGGUACUAUCAGGUACUGGGUUGACACUUGGUACUGCUAAAUAAAGAAGUGUGAUGAGGGCUCCAAGCUUCAUGCUUGAGUAUCUGUGGCAGAAAGACUAGAGGACAACAGAACUACCGUGUCAGGGGAGCUUGACACUUGGGGACUUAUGGCGGAAAAGCUUAACGCUUGAAAGAUGUUGACAGGAGAGCUUGAGGCCCGCAGGACUGCGGUGCCAUGGGAACUUGAGGCCAUCGAACACAGGCGUCAGAUGAAGAGCUUGGUCUGCUGACCCCAAGCUCCUCCCGGCCUGCCUCCAGGGCUUCGUAGCGAGUCCUGUUGGUCUCCAG